CAACUGCCUGCUGUGGAACGCUUUCCUUGAGCAAAUCGGGUAACUGCAUCUCAACCUUCAUUACAUCUCUUUGUCACUGAAGAUCAACAGUGGGCGUCACUUUGGGCCACUGCAAAACCAACAUAAGGAAGUUACCUAUUGACUCGUCACCAUGGUGUGCCGCUGUGGUCUGCUCACCGUCAACAAGGAGCCAGUUCCCCUGAAGGCCAUUGAAGUUGAAGUGGAGGUAAAGGACCAUGUGGCCAACGUGCUUUCCACGCUGCACUAUGAGAACAAGGAGGACAAAGCCAUCGAGGCCGUAUUUGUCUUCCCUCUGUCUGGUGAUGCUGCCGUCUGCCAUUUUAGUGCCAAGAUUGGACAAACUGAGAUUGUCGCUGAUGUGAAGGAGAAACAGGAAGCUCGAGAGGAGUACGAUGAUGCCUUGAGCUCUGGCCAGCAGGCCUUCCUCCUAGAAGAGAGUGAACAGACCCCAGACAUUUUCUCUCUGAGUGUGGGGAGUCUUCCCCCGGGAGAGAGCGCCUCCAUCCGGCUGGAGUAUGUCACUGAGCUGGCUGUGGAGGCUGAUGGCGGGUUGAGGUUUUGUCUGCCUGUGGUGCUCAACCCUCGCUACCAACCUCAGGGAAGUGAAGGUCAUAGUGUCCAGGUGACGUCUGUUCCUGCCUCUCGAGUGCCAUACAGUCUGUCCUUCUCUGCGCGGGUGUCCUCACCGCGUCGGGUCUCCAAAGUGGACUCCAAUUUUUCCCUGGAGCCCCUUCAGUACCUCGACAAGGAGCAAACUCAUGCGGCCGUUAAACUGGCUGCAGGACACACGUUUGACAAAGAUAUUGAGCUGUUGAUUUACUAUAAAGAUGCCCACCAGCCAGCAGUUGUGGUGGAGGCAGGAAAGGCAUCUGCCAAGCCUGGCACGCUGAUGGGGGAUGCGGCGGUGAUGCUCAGUGUUUACCCUGAGUUUUCCCAGGCAGUGAUGUCUUCAUUCACCACAAAGGGAGAAUUUGUGUUCUUACUGGACCGAUCCGGAAGUAUGGCAGGAGAUCGCAUCAACAGUGCCAGGGAUACUCUGCUGCUGCUUCUGAAAAGCUUACCCAUGGGCUGCUACUUCAACAUUUACAGUUUUGGUUCCUCCUUUGAACACAUCUUCCCUAAGAGUAUGGAGUACAGUGAGAAGACCAUGAAAAAGGCUCUGAAGAUUGUCAAGGAGAUGAAGGCAAACCUGGGAGGAACAGAGAUACUUCAGCCCCUCAAUCACAUUUACAGCCAGCCCUGCAUUCCCAGUCAACCACGACAACUCUUUGUCUUAACUGACGGCGGAGUGGGGAACACCAAGGAGGUUACAACCCUUGUGAAAAAGAAUUCCAGUUCCCACAGGUGUUUCUCUUUUGGGAUUGGACAAGGGGCCAGCACUGCUCUCAUCUAUGGUUUGGCGAAGGAGGGCCGAGGUCACGCUCAAUUCAUCACAGGCGCUGACAGGAUGCAAGCAAAGGUGAUGCAGUCGCUGGAGUUUGCUUUGCAACCGGUUGUGGAGGACAUCUCGGUCAUCUGGGAUUUACCAAAGGGGGUGUCUGUCACACAUCUCUCUCCGCCUCUCACGACUCUUUUCCAGGGUCAGCGGUCGCUCAUUUAUGCUCAGCUCACUGGACAGAGUUCGGAGGAAACAGAUGGUUCUGUCAUGGUGAACUACAGCCUAGCAGGCCAUCCAUUCCAGAGCAAGCUUGGCUUCCCUCUCCAACCCACAGAGGACACUGGAUUAACAAUCCACAGGCUAGGUGCUCGAACUCUGAUUCGCUCUCUGGAAUCCAACGAGGGAGAGAAGGAUGAGGAAGUGACGAAAAAGGUGGUGGAUGUCAGCAUCCAAUCAGGAGUGAGCAGCUCCUUCACUGCCUUCAUUGCCAUCAACAGAGACAGCACAGAAGCCAUACGGGGCCCUUUGCUGCACAGAAGUGUACCAGGAGUCGGUAAAUCCUGGUCACCUUACGCUAGAUCUUGUGGUGUCGUAGCUUCUUACGCUCUACAUACCCCAUACCAAGGUGCUUCUCUUCAAAUGCAAGACAUGUGUUGUCUCAGUGGACGUCCAACCAACGGAAAAAGAAUCGAAGGUCAUCUUAAAAUGAAGCAACGAAGUAUACGGUCUAGUACACUAGGCAGUCUGUUUCAUUCAAGGAAAGCAAAGUCGUUUUCUUCCAAGGAAAUACCUGUUGCUUCUUCCAUCCAGACAACCCCAGACACUUUGCUGCAGUUGGUGUCUCUCCAGAAUGCGUCGGGCUGCUGGGAGCUCAACCCGGAUCUGGCUGCUGCACUGAACAAGACCAGAAAGGAGGUGGAACAGCCCAAGCCGGCAAAGGUGAACGGGAACGUGUGGGCUACCAUUCUGGCUCUUGUUUGGCUUCAUGGAUUCAAGUCGGAUGCUGAAGUCGAAUGGAAGCUUCUUGCUCGUAAGGCUGUGUCAUGGCUGCUGGCUCAGAAUGCACCAUGUAUCACAGAGUGUGUCCUGGCUGGAAACACUUUGUUGGGCUGCAACGUGCAAAAAGAAACGCUGGGUCUUUAAGGUCUCCGGUACAAUGAAGAACCUGCUGGUUUACUCCCAUUGCUCUGCACCAUUUGCCAUUCCUCCUUAUUUGGUUGUUGAUUGGUCGAUUUUUAGUGUGCAUUUUAUUACUGUUUUCCUAUAUAAUGUAGUCAAAACAUUUAAAUGAUAUGAUAUAUAAUUACAGGUAAAUGGGUUGAAUUUACAAAGGUUACAGUAUUCUGGUCUAGACUACAGGUGAUAACCGAGAAACCGGAACGACAUUGUGUCACAAAGGACAAUGUGUAGAGUCUAUGUGUGUUUUUGAAUAGGAUUCUAAAUUCUGUUUAUGUUUAAUUCAUCUUUCCUGUAUCUGUCUGACUGUCUCUCUGGCCACUAUUAAAUAAUAAAGACUUCACUGGU